AUGUCUAGUGAAUCUGGCCUGCGACUUAACUUCCUCAGAAAUUCUGCCACUUUUCUGAGUUCGCAAAGCCCAUCUACUGCCGCUCAUCUUAUAGCCGUCCACAACCACAUUCUUCAUGAAGAUUUCAAACCUCUGAAACCACGACAGCAUGAAAGCUUUUGUGGUGCAUGUGGCAGUCCAAGAAAGCCAGAAUACACCAAGACAAUAAAGAUCGGACAGAAGGGCAAAGCACGUGCUUCUCAGUCACUGUCAAAGGAAACCCAACGCAGCAUCCAGGGUGGCGCCAUUGUCUACAAAUGCCUACGAUGCCACAAACGGACUGUACUACAGCAACAAAAUGCAAAACCGCAAAAGCUUCAUAGCACUCCUCCGACCCAAGAAGCCUCGACACUCACAAAAUCUUCCACUGAGAAGUCCUCAUCUCAGCCUGUCUCAGAGACACCAGCAGUUCCCACAGUCCCUAAAUCCACCUCUGAGAAUGCCAGCACAGUGAAUUGGAUGCCAAGCUCGGAUAAUCGGCGUCCUGGUUCCGAUGCUGCUCUGCCCUUCUGGGACUCUGCUUUCCUCAUACUGCAAGAUCUACACAAGGUCGCAGUUAUGUCCAAAGACGAGAACGCUGUGUCUGCGGCAGUAUCAGAGAACGCCCCCGAACAGACGGGUGGCGUACCGGACUCGGCGACUCAGAAACAGGACCAGAAUGAGUCCCAGUUUCAGAAGAUUGGAGAGAUCGUGGAGAGGGACGAGGAUACGGGCUUGGUGCAAGUCGAGAGUCUUUGCAUGAACUGCCAUGAAAACGGUACCACCAAGCUCCUAUUGCUCCGCGUCCCGUUUUUCCGCGAUAUCAUUCUGGAAUCUUUUGAAUGCCCUCACUGCUACUUCAAGGACAAUUCCGUGAAGUCGGCGGAUCAGAUACAACCGCUGGGUACGAAAUACACUCUAGAUGUGGAGAACGAAGAAGACCUUCAACGUCAAGUGAUCAAGAGCGAUACGGCCAUUUUCAGGAUUGAGACACUGGACCUUGAGAUGCCUAAGGGCGAAAGCCAGCUGACAAAUGUCGAGGGAAUAUUGCUAAAGAUUCAUUCCUCGCUUGAAAGUGAGCAGCCAUUGAGGAGAGUCCAGGCGCCUGAACUUUACAAUGCUCUUGAGCCGAUCAUUCAGAGGAUUGGGCAGAUGUUGAACAGAGAGGCUUUCCCAUUUACCAUUUCACUGGAUGACCCGACUGGCAAUUCUUGGAUUGCUCCCACGACUCAUGACAGGGGAAACAAGUAUAGGCGCAGGGACUACCGUCGAACUCACGAGCAAAAUGAGCAACUGGGAAUUGCUGCAGACCCGGAGGCUAUUCGCCAUGAAACCACUCUGCUGACCCAAAGCGCCGGAGACCCUGAGGAUCUCGACAUCGUUGACGGAAAGGUCUACACCCUUCCCGCAGAAUGUCCAGGCUGCGCCAAGGCGUGCGUGGUCAACAUGCAAAAAGUCAGCAUCCCGUAUUUCAAGGAAGUCUUUAUUUGGAGCACUGUUUGCGACCACUGUGGAUACCGAACGAAUGAGGUCAAGACCGGUGGCGAGAUUCCUGAGAAGGGCAAGAGGAUCACCCUCAAAGUGGAAAAGAUCGAGGAUCUGUCUCGCGAUAUUCUCAAGUCCGACACUUGCGCAUUGUACAGUGAGGAGCUGGACAUGUCCGUUCAGCCCGGUACUUUGGGCGGACGGUUCACCACUGUGGAAGGUCUCUUGACUGAGGUUCGCGAUCAGCUGCACGGACAAAUCUUCGAUGUGGAUGACACCGAACAUAAGGGUGGCGACUCCAUGACUGCUACCGACAAGGAGACGUGGACUCGUUUCUUUGACCGACUCGACGCUGCCAUCAGGGGAGACCUGAAGUUUGUCAUCACGCUCGAAGACCCUCUUGCCAACAGCUACGUGCAAAGUCUGCACGAGCCCGAUCCCGAUCCACAGAUGCACAUCGAAGAAUACACCCGGACUGAGGAAGAAGAGGAUGAACUUGGGCUGAAGGACAUGAAGGUGGAGGGAUACGAAGAGGAUGCCGAGGUCGAGGCGCAGAACAAGGAGAACAAGGAGGGUGAAGAGACCCAGAAGGAAGAGGGGGCUUAA